AUGCAGCGCCGACUCUCCUGCCUGAUGAAGAAGCUCAACCUGAAUGAAGAAACUGUAUCUGCGCUCCUUAUGCGGUCUUUUCCAGACUUCCAGCGAUGGAUGGCCGGGAAAGAGCAUGGUAAUGACGAUUACAACGAUAACGACGACGACAUCGAAGCAAGGGUUGAAUUCUUCCUCAUGUCCAACGCAUUGGAAGACUUGGUGCAACAAAAAGACAUCGCGUACACAUCGCUCCCUGUUGAUGCGCUUUUAGUUCGCUCCAACGGCAUCGUUCAGUCUGGAAUGCAUCAUGCGAAAGCCACAGAAACAAAACCAGCUCGGCAGUCAAAGCGCAAAUCUACGCGAGCCGUCAAACUCGAGCUUAUCGAUGACAGGUCACCGAUCGAUGCAAAGGAGUACCUAACAAGGGGCUUGAUGAACCUUCGAAACCAAAUGAAGACUCAACAUGGUCGUCGAGCAAUGGAUCGAGGAGCAUGGUCGAUGGACAUUCGUGGCAAGUGGACAAGAAUCGCCCCGCGAUCACAUACUCGCCAAUCUGCCACUCCUGCCCUUGGACGCCGUUGUGACCAACUGAUGGCCACCACUGACCCCCUUCGCCCCAUUCGGAUUGAUUUUCAGGUUGGCCUGGAUCGUCGCAUUCAGGAAACUAUUCUUUGGAAUGUCGACGCCAACGAAACGACGCCGAUCCAAUUCGCUGCCAUUACGGCUGCAGAGCUCAAGCUUUCGCCAACGUUCCAAAACUCCAUCGCUGCAUCCAUCUGCCAGCAACUUGACCAGCAAUCGGCCAAAAUUCCACGGUACCAAUGCGAGGACCGUUUGCAUCCCAUUUGCAUCCACAUUCAAAUCGAUGGGCUGUUGGUUCAAGACCAAUUUGAGUGGAAUAUCAACGACGAUUCAAACAGCCCCGAGCACUUUGCACUCGUGAUGUGUCGCGACCUUCAGCUACCCGCUGCAUUUCACGCUGCGAUUGCACUCUCUAUUCGGGAACAAGUGCACUUUUAUCGCCGAGUCAUCUUCGGCGGGACCAAGACGGACCAGCCAGUGUGGGCCAUGCCGCGCCUGGAACAUGCUGUUCGGUUGCCAUUGGAGUGUGAUCAGUGGGGACCAACGUUAACUCACGUUAACGGCACGCUAGACGCUCCAGCGGUCGGCACAGCACCAUUGCCUUCUGCCAGUCACGAGCCACCUCCCAAACCGGCGCGUCGCCGUAUUCCGUUUUCGAUCAAGCCCACAACGGCAUUCAGCAUCUACUCCAAACGUCAGAGGAGCGACCCGUCGACAGUUUCGACUAGUGUUCGGGCGAUUCAAAAAGCGUGGCGGCACCUGUCCAACGAGGACAAAGCCAUGUAUGCCGACCUAGCAGCCGUAGACACGACCAAGCGACGCCGCCAGCAUUUGGUUCGAGUCCGUGACAACCAUAUCCGGACGUGGGAAGUCAAAGACGCGCUGCGACGAGGGUUGAUUCCGUACGCGUCUACGGACAGCUCGUCCAAGUGCCGCGAGUUGCUCGUGGAGCACUACAUUGAUGCGCGAAACCAAGUGGACAACUUGCUCUUAUUGGAGCACCAAAUGCCUCGCCAAGCUACCUUCUUGGUCGACGCUUCAAAGCCCAAAAGCAUCACCACCACCACUACCGCCACCACUUGGGAGCGGUUUCAUCAAGCCUGA